GCCUGCGCGCGCGCAAUGCGAUACUCGUGCCAGUCGCGUAAUGUGCUCCGUUCGCGGCGUUCGCGCGAUUAUGCGCUCGUCGUCCCCUUGUCCACGCUGACUCGACGACGAUGAUAGAGGCCGAGAAAAUGUUACAGCUGAGAAAAUAUCUGACGCUCGUCGUCCACUCGCAGCUGCGCUCGCCGCGUUGCGGGACGGCGAGGAGUCGUCCGCCCCGACGCGGAGGUUAUGUCCUCGGCUACGUGCACCCUCGGCACGCGAGCCUGCGACCCGGGAUUCCCGUCGUGACGUGCAACAGGACGUACUGCACGACGAUACCGCAAUCGUCGCGAUCCGACGACGUCGAUCACAAACUAAUGUCGUUUUGCGACGACGUUAAAAAGGGCCGGGUCUCGGCGGACCAUCUGAGGGAGGUUAUCGACCUGUGCAGUAAGAGCGAUUACCAGUUGCCCGACGGCACCGGCGUUCUGCUGCUCAAAUGUUGCGGCAACCUGCUACCUGGUCUCGAGACAGCCGAGAGAGAUUAUCUUGCGGAUCAGGUGUGGCAUUUGGCAAAGAAGAGCGGCGAAGGAUUGACAUUGGAAUAUUACAACGCUCUGCUGGGCAUUAACGAGGAGAACUCCAAGUUUGUGAAUCCUAAGAAGUUCCUGGCGAACAUGAGCGUGGCGCCGGACGAGAAUACGUAUCGUUUGCUAUUGAACUCGGCCAGGAAGGCGAGCGACGCUGAGUACUUGUGGGAAUUCUUGUCCGUGAUAAAGGACAAGAACAUGGCCAUCCAUGAGGAAGCGAUCAAUGGAUUGGUAGAAAUGUAUGUGAUGAAUGGUAAUAUUGCGGAGGCCGAGCGAACGAUAACGUUGUUGCAGGAGGCCAAACUGUGCACAGCCAAGGCGUAUGCCGAGCUGGCGUGCGGAUACGCGAAACUCGGUGAUAUUCCGAAUUUAGUCAAGAUAUUGAACGACGAGCCACAGAGCAAUGCGAAUCUCUUGAAGAUAAUAAAAGCUCUGAGUAUGUCCAACAAUGGCAGACACAUCCCAGUUGUUUUGAAUCUUUUGGUGUCCUCAGUACCGGCACUCGAGUCCGAGAUCUCCAAGAUGAUCGCGGAACUGGUACGUGCUAAUCAAAUCGAGAACGUACAGAUUAUUAUAAAUUGUUUCGCGAUGAACAACGUGGCGAGCAACAUCGUGCAGGGUUUUGUAAAUAGCUUUAUGAACGAAUUAUUGAUGUUAAACGCGCCGGUUAACGAUGUCGUCAAGUAUGCGAACCACUUUGUCGAUUCCGGUUGCAGCCAACGCACAUUGACUGACAUGGCUGAAGUCUGCUUGAAGCUGGGUAGAGAGAAAUUAUGCCUCGCGCUAUUCCAGGCGAUGAGAAAGAGGAAUAUGGAGGUACGACCGCAUUACUAUUGGCCUUUACUGUUGAAAGCGUAUCAUAACAAGGGUGAAGCUAAGAUGUUUUCGUUAGUAAAAUCUAUGAUAGACAAAGGCGUAGAAAUGGAUUCCGAGACGCUGCUUCAUUACGUAUUUCCGUACGUAAAUACUGCCGACCCGAUUGUCACCUUACAGAAAUUGCUGCUGAAUAACGUACCGGGUGCUAUCUCCUAUACACCUCUGUUAUUGUUUCUGCUACAACAAAAUCGGCUACAGGAUAUAAAGUCGCUAUGCACGAACCGUAUGCACUGCAAAGUGUAUUAUAGAGAACUGAUCAAACCACUGGUACGCGCUUACCUCGCUACUAAAGAUUACGAAACUUGUGUUACGUUAUUGACAGCAUUUCCACAAGGGCAGGAUUUCGUCAGUUUGUUCUUGGAAUCGUUAUUUAAAGCCGAGAAACCAGUUUAUAUAGAAGACCUACUGUUUCUUCUGAAUGAAGUUAAAAGAUGUGAAAUAAAGAUACCACAAGAGGAUGCGAUAAUUCUCAAGAACACGUUAAAAUGCAACAAAAACUUUAACGUUAUGACGAAGGUGGAGGACUUAAUAGACGAGCUGGUUGAUCCGAAAGUGAAAGAAUCAGCAUUUCUGUUUCUCCCGAAAUACAUGAACACCAAGGAAUUAGCGUAUUUUUUAGUGGAGCUGAAGAGCAUCAAAGCGAACACUAGAAACGUUCUACAAAAAUUGCUGAUACUGUAUUGCUUCGAGAAUAAUCUGAAGAGAGUCGAAGAAAUAAAACGAGAACAUGAUGAAUGUAAAUACACGUGGUCGUCCAGCAUGAAGUCGACUUUGUUCGAAUUUUAUCUCAAGCAUAACAAGCUGAAGGAGGCCGAGGCAUUGGUGCCCGAGUCGCAGAUAAUGUCCGGUGACAUCCAGCUAGAUAAAAUAAAAAUCGUGAUGUAUGCCACUGCAUUAGUAAAGGCCGGUAAGCCUAGAAAGGCCUUUGACGUUAUUGAUACGGUCAACGUCUUUGAUACCAACGUUAAUUUGACUGCGCAGACACAGUGUUGUACACUUUUGCAAACGUUAGCACAGAGUCAGUAUCAUGAGCACACGAAAAGCAUGUUACACCUGCUUCUACAGAAAAAUUACUGUAAAAAAAGCAUGGACCUGUUGAGGCCGUUGGUGGUGAUACCGUUAGAACGUAAUGACAUACUGGGCGCCGUAGAUGUAAUCGCAGAAUGCGGGCAACGUUAUAAUGAGGCGCCGUUGAUAUUAGAAGUAUUGACAAUAUUAUUGGAACAAAUGUACAGUUCAAAAUUGCCCAACGCGAAUAUCUACGUAGAACAAGUGUUAAAUAUAGCAGCUACUGUCUAUUCUGACAGCUUGGCGAAUACGUUUCUGGCGUUGGCAUUAACGAGGUUGAAGAAGACGGAGAAACUGCAAGCUUUAUUAUUACAGAACUACGAACUCUCCAAGAAGUGUCUUCUAUAUUAUAUUAAGAAUGCAAAAACUGACAGAGAUUUAGAUGAUUUGCAAAACCUCUUUAGAGCUUAUACGAAUUAUUCACAUCAAAUUUCGAUGUCUGACGAGCUCCUUUCCGUUUAUACUGUAUUAGGAGACUGCAACCGUGCUUUAGAACUGUGGAAAGUUAUGUGCACAAAAAAUAUCACACCAAGCGAGAAGUUCAAGAAGAAUUUUACUCAAUUUUUAUUGUCACAUAAAGUUUCACUUCCCCCAGAAUUGGAAAAUGAAAGUAAAAGAAACGUUAAUUAAUAACUUUAAAUAUUAAGAACAACAUGUACGGGAUAAUGAUAUUCCGUAGAUAAGUAGACAGAUAAUAGAAAUUUUUUAAAGAAAUUUGGUAAAAAUAAUGUGUACAAUAAA